AUGAGCACCAUGCGCUUGCUGACACUCGCCCUGCUCUUCUCCUGCUCCUUCGCCCGUGCCUCCUGCGACCCCAAGAUCGUCAAUAUCGGCGCGGUGCUGAGCACGCGGAAGCACGAGCAGAUGUUCCGCGAGGCUGUGAACCAGGCCAACAAGCGGCACGGCUCCUGGAAGAUCCAGCUCAACGCCACCUCUGUCACCCACAAGCCCAACGCCAUCCAGAUGGCCCUGUCGGUGUGCGAGGACCUCAUCUCCAGCCAGGUCUAUGCCAUCCUAGUUAGCCACCCACCUACCCCCAACGACCACUUCACUCCCACCCCCGUCUCCUACACAGCUGGCUUCUACCGCAUCCCUGUCCUGGGGCUGACCACCCGCAUGUCCAUCUACUCAGACAAGAGCAUCCACCUGAGCUUCCUGCGCACGGUGCCACCCUACUCCCACCAGUCGAGCGUCUGGUUUGAGAUGAUGCGCGUCUACAGCUGGAACCACAUCAUCCUCCUGGUCAGCGACGACCACGAGGGCCGGGCCGCGCAGAAGCGCCUGGAGACGCUGCUGGAGGAGCGCGAGUCCAAGAGUAAAAAAAGGAACUAUGAAAACCUCGACCAACUGUCCUAUGACAACAAGCGCGGACCCAAGGCUGAGAAGGUGCUGCAGUUCGACCCGGGGACCAAGAAUGUGACGGCUCUGCUGAUGGAGGCGCGGGAGUUGGAGGCCCGGGUCAUCAUCCUCUCUGCCAGCGAGGACGAUGCUGCCACCGUGUACCGCGCAGCCGCGAUGCUGAACAUGACCGGUUCGGGGUACGUGUGGCUGGUGGGGGAGCGCGAGAUCUCAGGGAAUGCCCUGCGCUACGCCCCGGACGGCAUCAUCGGGCUGCAGCUCAUCAACGGCAAGAACGAGUCGGCGCACAUCAGCGACGCCGUGGGCGUGGUGGCGCAGGCGGUGCACGAGCUUCUGGAGAAGGAGAACAUCACCGACCCGCCGCGGGGCUGCGUGGGCAACACCAACAUCUGGAAGACAGGGCCGCUCUUCAAGAGAGUCCUGAUGUCUUCCAAAUACACCGAUGGGGUGACUGGCCGCGUGGAGUUUAAUGAGGACGGGGACCGGAAGUUUGCCAACUACAGCAUCAUGAACCUGCAGAACCGCAAGCUGGUGCAAGUGGGCAUCUACAAUGGCACUCACGUCAUCCCCAAUGACAGAAAGAUCAUCUGGCCAGGCGGAGAGACGGAGAAGCCCCGAGGGUACCAGAUGUCCACCAGACUGAAGAUCGUGACGAUCCACCAGGAGCCCUUCGUGUACGUCAAGCCCACACUGAGCGACGGCACGUGCAAGGAGGAGUUCACAGUUAACGGGGACCCGGUCAAGAAGGUGAUCUGCACUGGGCCCAACGACACGUCGCCGGGCAGCCCACGCCACACCGUGCCUCAGUGCUGCUACGGCUUCUGCAUCGAUCUGCUCAUCAAGCUGGCGCGGACCAUGAACUUCACCUAUGAGGUGCACCUGGUGGCCGAUGGCAAGUUCGGCACGCAGGAGCGGGUGAACAACAGUAAUAAGAAGGAGUGGAACGGGAUGAUGGGCGAGCUGCUCAGCGGUCAGGCGGACAUGAUCGUGGCGCCGCUGACCAUCAACAACGAGCGCGCGCAGUACAUCGAGUUCUCCAAGCCCUUCAAGUACCAGGGCCUGACCAUUCUGGUCAAGAAGGAGAUACCCCGGAGCACGCUGGACUCGUUCAUGCAGCCCUUCCAGAGCACACUGUGGCUGCUAGUGGGGCUGUCGGUGCACGUGGUGGCCGUGAUGCUGUACCUGCUGGACCGCUUCAGCCCCUUCGGCCGGUUCAAGGUGAACAGUGAGGAGGAGGAGGAGGACGCGCUGACCCUGUCUUCGGCCAUGUGGUUCUCCUGGGGCGUCCUGCUCAACUCGGGCAUUGGGGAAGGCGCCCCUCGAAGUUUCUCGGCGCGCAUCCUGGGCAUGGUGUGGGCCGGCUUCGCCAUGAUCAUCGUGGCCUCCUACACCGCCAACCUGGCGGCCUUCCUGGUGCUGGACCGGCCCGAGGAGCGCAUCACCGGCAUCAAUGACCCGCGGCUGAGGAACCCCUCAGAUAAGUUCAUCUACGCGACGGUGAAGCAGAGCUCGGUGGACAUCUACUUCCGGCGGCAGGUGGAGCUGAGCACCAUGUACCGGCACAUGGAGAAGCACAACUACGAGAGCGCAGCCGAGGCCAUCCAGGCCGUGCGGGACAACAAGCUGCAUGCCUUCAUCUGGGAUUCCGCGGUGCUGGAAUUCGAGGCCUCGCAGAAGUGCGACCUGGUGACCACGGGCGAGUUGUUCUUCCGCUCAGGCUUCGGCAUCGGCAUGCGCAAGGACAGCCCCUGGAAGCAGAACGUCUCCCUGUCCAUCCUCAAGUCCCAUGAGAACGGCUUUAUGGAAGACCUGGACAAAACGUGGGUGCGGUACCAGGAGUGUGACUCUCGCAGCAACGCCCCUGCUACCCUCACCUUCGAGAACAUGGCAGGGGUCUUCAUGCUGGUGGCUGGAGGCAUCGUGGCAGGAAUAUUCCUGAUCUUCAUUGAGAUCGCCUACAAGAGGCACAAGGACGCUCGCCGGAAGCAGAUGCAGCUGGCCUUCGCAGCGGUGAAUGUGUGGCGGAAGAACCUACAGGAUAGAAAGAGUGGUAGAGCAGAGCCUGACCCUAAAAAGAAAGCCACAUUUAGGGCUAUCACCUCCACCCUGGCUUCCAGCUUCAAGAGACGUAGGUCCUCCAAAGACACGCAGUACCAUCCCACUGAUAUCACGGGCCCGCUCAACCUCUCAGAUCCCUCGGUCAGCACCGUGGUGUGAGGCCCCCGGAGGCGCCCACCUGCCCAGUUAGCCCGGCCAAGGACACUGAUGGGUCCUGCUGCUCGGGAAGGCCUGAGGGAAGCCCACCCGCCCGAGACUGCCCACCCUGGGCCUCCCGUCCGUCCGCCCGCCCACCCUGCUGCCUGGCAGGCAGCCCCUGCCGGACCCAGGCACGGACCAGAGUGGCUGAGGACGGGCCAGAGCUGAGCUGGCUGGGCAGGGCCACAGGGCACUCCGGCAGAGGCAGGGCCCUGGGGUCUCUGAGCAGUGAGGAGAGGGGCUAACCUGGCCCUGGACGGAGGGGCUUGGAGCAGAGACUGAAGCCCCAUCCUUCCCCAGCCACCACCAGAGCCGCCAUGGGGGCCCGCAGCCCCAGCUGGCUGGGUCACCCCUCCUCCAGCACCCACUCCUGGCAGCCUCGGCUCCACCCCCUCCUCUUCUUACCCUGGCUCCUCUUCCGCUUUACCCCAUCCCCCCAGUUGGCCCUGCCCUUCCCCAGUAGCAGACCCUGACCCCCAGCUGGCAGGCACUUCCUAGGGGCUGCUCCGGCUCCUGCUGCCUCGGUCAGACCUCCUCCUCCAGACUCCAGAGGGCCGAGCUUUGUCUUUGCCUCCUCCGGCCUGCAGCCCAGGAUGGGCCUCCCCAGACGCUGGCUCGGGACUGUCCUCAGCCCUGCCUGCC